AUGGCGCGUGUAUCCAUUUUGGCCGGAUUGGUCUGCCUUGCAACAUUGGCUACGGCAUCUCCGCUCGCUUCCAGGCAGUCCAGCACGAACUCCACGUGCACCGAAGUUCACCAGCGCAAGGCAUGGCACAACCUCAGCGACGAUGAGAAGUCUGCCUACAUCGAUGCGGAGCUCUGUCUUAUCAACUCUCCCGCAAAAGACAAUCUUCCCUACUCGAAGACUCGCUGGGACGAACUUACUUACUCUCAUGCAAUUCAGACCAACUGGGUCCACGACGUUGGCAGUUUCCUUCCGUGGCACCGUUAUUACAUGUGGGCCCACGAGAAGCUUCUUCGUGACGAAUGCAACUAUACCGGAUAUCAGCCCUACUGGGAAGAGUCGCUCGACUCUGGCAACAUCUCGGCCAGUGUUGUCUUUGACCCUGUCACGGGAUUCGGAGGCGAGGGCGGCGACUGUGUGGACGACGGGCCGUUCGCGAACCUGACGCUUAGCCUGAGCUCCAAUGGCUCCCAGAUCUGGGAGGAGGAAUACUGCCUGGCCCGCUCAUUCUCCGAUACUAUCUUUAACAUGGGAAAUACGACGUACAUCGAAGAGUGUCUCGCGUCAGAAAACUACACAACCGCAUUGGAUUGCUACAUGACGUCGCCCCACGUAGCCGGCCACGGCGGUGUUGGCGGCACUGUUCUAAGCGUCGCCGGUUCUCCCGCGGAGCCGCUCUUCUUCCUGCACCACACCAACCUGGACCGCCUCUGGUGGAACUGGCAGCAGGUCGACCCGGACACGAGGACGUACGACAUCGGAAACUGGUCAAACAUCCCGCCUUACUCGUACCUGUCGCAGCAGUACCUCGACUAUCCCUCAGCGUCACUGAUUGAUUACUCCGGAGACAACGGCAACAUCACUACGCUGCAACACGUGCUGUGGAUUGCAGGCCUCGUGCCGAAUGUUACGAUUGAGGAUGUCAUGGAUCUGAGUGGCGAGACGAUCUGUGCUGAUGAAUCUGUGCAAUGCUCCUGUCGACGAUCCUCGCGAAACAGCCAGAAUGUGGUUAGCCAGGUGCUCCGACUCAGACGAACGUUGCUGUGGCAAACGAUAGCACCGGUUGCCGUCCAGGUUGAUCUGGAUUGGCCCUGA